GUGGAUUGGAACAGCCGAGAUGUCUCAUGCACAGAAUACCAAUGCGGGCUGGCUGUGCCAGUGGUGCAGAGUGAUGAAUGGAAAACAUGCUCUACAUUGUCAUCGAUGUGGAGGGCGAUGGGAUGUGGUUGGAGAUUCAGGCCACUCAUACGACCAGUGGGAGGACUGGAAAGAGAGCGGAUCUUACUACCAGCAGGGUCACCAAAUGCAGUGGCCCAAGUCGCCCAAGAGACAAAAGGGCAAGGGGAAGAAGGGAAAAAGCCCGCGACCUCGCCACAAGAAGGGAGAUACCAAGCCAGAUACACCGAGAACAGUAGAUGCUCCGCAACAACAGACCACAGGGCCCCCGUCAGCGAACCUUACAGGAGCCUCGUGGAUGCAGGCUGCGCAGCAGUUUGGACCUGCUGUGCCACCUUCAAAUGCGGAUGCCUCACAGACUCCGGCUUCGGCAAGUGGGUCUGUGCCACCGGAGUACAAGGGACUGAUAGAGUCUCUCAAAAGAAAUCAGUCAAAAGGCACUUUGCCAGACGAUGUACAACAGGAGAUGAAAUCAUUGAAAGUCAAGGUAGAGAAAGAUCAAGCCAAAGGUUUGCACCAAGCGGUGAAGAGCCUCAGCAAAGCUCGACGAGAGCUACGAGAAGCUUUCGAUGCCAGAGCUCAAUUGCAUGCGCAAUGGCGCUCGUUUUUGUCGCUGAGUGUGACCCAAUGGCAAACCUUUACGGGCCAAUUUCAGGCCCAGGAAGCGGCAGCCAUGCGUCAGAUUGGAGAGACUCAGGCUGCUCUAGAAGAAGCCAAAGCCCAAUUCGAAGCUGGGAAGUCCGAAAUUGGGAAAGAAGAGACGAUUGCAGAUGUGGAUCUGGUUUCCGAAGAAGAGAAUGGGAAAGCGGAGAGCAGUGCUGUCAAGAUAUUAGAUGGCUUGAAGCACCUUACCUCAUCUCUCUCCGAGCUCUCAACAGCGGCGGAAUCAAUUCAUGUCGAACAGCAAGCACACAAGAAGGCCAGGCUCGACGGUCAGGACGAUGUUUCUGGCACGGCCGCACCAGGUUCACGACAGUUAGAGCCUUUUGCGUUGCCCGGCACCAAGCGACCACCAGGCCCAGUUGGACAACAUGACCCUUCGGACGAUGAGGUCAAUGAGGAUUCCACAGAAGACUCUUCAGACGAAGUUCCCAGGGACGAUGAGCCCCCUGGUGGUUCUGAUCCAUAUCCUCCAGCUGAUGCCAAUGACCGCCAAUCGGCAGUUCUGCCACUCUGGUACAGGGCUUUGAUCACGGCUUUCACUGGUGGUGCGGUUGUUGAGAACGAUGAUGAAGUUGCGGCUGUGCGCAAAGAUGCCUCAGCUGAGCAGCUGUUGGAUUUGGUUCAGUUGAGGUCACUUGCGGUGGAAUUGCUCCAGACUGGACCACCGCUUAUUGAGGACUAUGGUCCCUCCUUGCACAUUGAGGAUCAACCCUUGUCUGUUCGAAAUCUUUAUGCCAGAUGGAGACAGGAAGCCACAAGAGGCAAUGAUGGGCCGGCAGCCUUUCUGGAAGUCACUACUUGGUAUUUAGAUGGAUCCUUCAUGACCUACAAUGAUCAGCCACGACCGGUCUUGUUAGGCACUUCAUUCGAGCCACAGCUUGGAGUUGCUUUGAGUAUCCACAUCCAUCGAGCCAUUUUGCAUGUCUGGGACGCCCAGUCCGAAGAUAAUGAUGAGCAAACUUUUCUGCAAACCGGAGCUAGGAGUAAGAACAGCUUAAAGGACCUUGCCAAGGCUGAUGUUGACAGAGCUAGUUUGCAGCAAGUGGAGAAUCAACAGUUGACCCACUUCGAUCCAUUACACCUAAACAUGAAGGAUGCCUUGGAUGCACUAGAAUGGUAUGAUGCUUACUUUGCACUGCCGGCCUUUGAUGUGGAAACCAAGCUUACAGAGGAUGUACACUGGCAUCCGGAUUCCUUGCAGUGGCUUCGAGUCAAGUUUUGGCGGCGGAGGAUCAAGGUUCAUACCAUGCUGAAGUUUAUGCGGCAAAUGUUGCAACAAAGACAUUAUGGCAUGAUGAUCGGGAUUUCCAAGGUUUUACCGCAUGGUUUCAUUGAUGGCAAGCCUAUCUAUUUCGCUGAGGACGACUUUCGUAUUGUGGUGGCCCAGCCGAGGUUGCUCAUUGUUCGUAUUCGUUCUUCAGCCAUGAAGUGCCUAAUCAUUAAUGCACAUGCGCCUCAUACAGGGAGUACCUUGAACGAGAUCGAAACUUUCUGGCAGCAAGUAAACGAGCAUAUUAGUGAUGCAUAUGUUACAUGGCCCAAGAUUCUCCUCACUGAUGCCAAUUGCCGCCUUGGAGGUCAACCGGACGAGAGAGUAGGAACUUGGCAGUCAGAAGGGGUGAAUGAAAAGAGUCAACCUUUCAUCGACUUCCUUGCUGUGAAUGACAUCUUUUUACCCAGUACGUUUGAACAAUACCAUCAGGGUGUAGGCGGCACUUGGAGACACAAUGAUGAUGUGUGGAAGCGCAACGACUUCGUUGGCAUUUCUACAGCUUUGCCCCUCAGUGCCUGCCGCACAUGGAUUCCGGAAGAGAUUGACUUUUCGCUCCUUAAGGAUAUUCCCUCAUUAAUCGAGCUGGAGGACGUGCUCCGUGCCACGCAAGCAGAUCGCGCCACUGGCAUCUUUCAACAGAUCCUCCAACGUGCCGAUUUGCUGAUGGAGAGUGUUAUCUGGGCAGACGAUGUGGUUAUCCCGAUUGCAGCUGAAGAGGCACAAAGCUUACCAGCAUUUGGACCACGUGCUCCUUUAGUUGACGUGACCAAUGUUCAAAUCGAUGCUGCUCAGAAGGAACUGCGACAAAUUGACCAAGAACUCCAAAUUGACAAGAUGCCCACUGAUCCUGAAGUGAGCAGGCAGGAGGUGCGCAGGUUCCUCACUAGUGCUACUCAUGAAUGGUUCAAUGAGUUUUGCCAAAAUGACUUUGAUGAAGAACUUGCUAUGCAACUCCCUGAUAGAUGGCUUGCGUGUCUUUUUCAAUUUGAUGCUGACCUUGAUAUCUGGGUUGAGGCGGAGAUUUUGGAUUGGGGCCAGCACUGCCUUGCAGACAUUUUGGAAGGAUUUGCCGAUGGGGUUGCUGAAAGGUUGGUUGAUGACGCUUUUGCUGACCUAGGAGCUGAUUUGCCCCGACAGCAACUCUUGUCCCGCCGCGCUUGGCUUGUUACCAGAUGUAAAGUGUUAGAGGAAGAACAUCAGCAGGUCUUUCCACAUAGAUCUGUGAAAUAUGGUACAGCCACAGCACGUGAAAGGGCGAUUACCGCAGCCAUUGUUCCUAGCCGUUUUGAAGAUCAAUUCCGACUUCUUCAAGUCACCACCGCUACUCGAUGGUUUGACCUGCCACCUGAGAGAACUACUCCAUUUAUUAGGCAACCAACAAGGCCAAAGACCUUCGUCAUUGCGCACCUUUUCAGCGGAAGACGUAGAGUAGGAGAUGUCCACGAACGGCUCCAUUUCUGGGCUGAACAUUAUGGAUUGGAUAUCCUGGUGUUGUCGUUGGACACUGCUAACUCGGCUGAGUUUGGGAAUCUCCACCAUUGCUCAGUCACAUGGAAGCGGCUGUUGGAGUUGUAUAAAAAUGGAUGUAUCUCGGCCACGCUCACGGGAGCUCCGUGUGAGACGUGGUCAGCAGCCAGACAUUCUCUGGUGGUGCAAGCCAAUGAUGAAGGAAAGGAGCGACCUUGUCGCCACAUGCCUCGGCCGCUACGGGAUGCGGAGCGAGUCUUUGGCCGCCAACAGUUGACACCGCGUGAACUUCGACAGUUGCAACAAGGAUCGCUCUUUUUCAUGCAGACAUUGAUCACCAUGGCGUGGUCCAUUGUCACAGGGGCUUUGUAUUUGAGUGAACAUCCAGCAAUUCCAAUGCUGGAAGAAGAGUACCCCACCGGCUUUUGCAAUGCGUUGGCAGGCACGAUUUUGGACGAAUUGUAUAG